AUGGCAGAGCACGAGAAAGUUGAUGCUGCGCUUCUGGCUGGUGUCACGGGGUUUCUGGCCAAGUACAAUACGCCAAACCACCAGCAAGGCAAGGCAUCCUCUGCAUUCAGCGACGAUGAACUGGUAAUAAAUAUAAACCAGCUAUUAGCGGAGAGCGAGGUGUUGCUGUCAGCCAUAGAAAACCUGCCGCAAGAGCAGAUAGCUCCUGCCGUUCUCUCUAGUCUCAACGUUGUUACUUCCGUCAGUAGUCAACGAGACACAACCAAGACGGACCAACUUUUGUCUGAUCAGAGACGGAAGCAUCGGAAUAUACAGGCAGCUAAGCGACGCCAGAGAUACCACAAGAAGACUGCAAACUGCUCAGAAAAGGAGAAAAUGCGCUACGCCGACAAUCUGUCGCUGAGUGCGUGGAGAGCCAUUGCUGUGCUUCAGAAAGAGAAGCGUCUCGAGGCUGAGCAGAACCACAAGCAACUAAGAUCAGCUGUAGUCGAACGAGCGAGGGUGAUACACCAAAUGAAGAUGUUGUUGCAACGUUUCAAAGCGGAUGAAGGAAAGAAUGAAUCACGUGAAGACGGAGAUCAGCGCUUCCUGUUCAAAGCUUUAGUUGGUGAACUGGACGCGAUUUAUGCUCGGACGCAUCAGACCAUUCGUGAAGCGAACUUUAAGAUAUGCCUGGCCGAGGCCUUCAUCGGCAAGGAGAUGAAGAACAUCGUUGUCACGGUGCCGGCAUACUUCAACGACUCGCAAGCCGACAGCCUCCACCAUCGCAUUCGGCCUGAACAAGAUGGGCGACGAGCGCAACGAGCUGAUCUUCGACUGGGCGGCGGCAUCUCCGAUAUGUCGAUGCUGAACACUGAGAAGGGCAUCUUCUUGGUGAAGGCGACGGCGGGGGACACGCACCUAGGUGGCGAGGACUCUGAUAACCGCCUGAACCGGUUGUCGUCAGCGCAGACGUACAUCAAGAUCGACUCGCUGUUCGACACCAUCGAGUUCAACUCGAUCAGUACGCACGUGCGCUUCGAGAACCUGUGCAGCGACGACUUCCGCACGACGAAUGACCCCGUGGGGAAGGAUCUGCGUGCCUCAUAG